CUCUUCCUGUUUUUAUCUUUGGAAUAACAACACUGACUGUGACGUCAUGUAUUGAGUAAUAUGAAACGUGAGUUAAUUAUUAUUUUGUGAUUGUUGUUUAAUAGAAACACAUGCGCGAAUAAAUGUAAUGUUUUUACCUUUUAAAGUAUUAAAUAAAAAGAAGUGCGUCCGGAACUAAAGCGGCGUUGCCAGUGUUUCCUGUCGUCCCCCUGCUGCUUCCGGUCCAGUGUCCGCUCAGAAUGUUGUGCCUCAGAGGUCUCCGCAGGAUCAAGGCUGCCGCGUUUCUCCAGAGGAACAGCGCUCACAGGAGCCUGUCAUCGGCUGAAGCGCUGCAGGAUGAGCCGGUGGGUGAGCUCCUGAAGGCGGAGGGUCCAUCCAAGGAGCCCCAGAGGGGCUGCGUCCUCUGCAGCGUCACCGUGGACUUUAAAAACAUCCAGCUGCUGUCUCAGUUCAUCUCUCCUCACACAGGCAGGAUCUAUGGCCGACACAUCACAGGUGAGCCGCCGCCGCCGCCGCUGCUGGCCAGUAGUGAUGGACGCUCUCACUCAGUGUCUCUGUGUCCCUCAGGGUUAUGUGGACAGAAGCAGAGGGAGGUGUCCAAAGCCAUAAAGAAGGCCCACUCUCUGGGUUUCAUGCCGGUGACCCACAAACAUCCUCAGUUCAUGAAGGAUCCCAGAAUCUGUGGCAUCAAACAUGUGGAUUAGAGCAGCAGGACGGUCUGGCUGUUGACUCCAGAACUCUGCUUUGUUUACAUUUAACUCUCAAACAUCUCCUCUUGUCGUCUUCUCUUCUGUUCGCAUCAUUUUCAUCCAAAA